AUGUCUCGCAAUCGGUCUGGGUCUAAAGCUUCCCAGUCCAAGUCCUCUCACUCGAAGUCCAAAUGCGAAACACCCGUUGAUGAUCAAGGUGCACAAAAUGACGGUUUUGAAUCGACCACUAGUGAUAAAACACCUAUACCAAAGAAAGCAUCCAUGAUCAUGAAAAUAAUAGAGGCCAUCAACGCCAUCAAGGACAAACCGGGAGCAUCUGCUCAGGCAAUUCAGAAAUACAUUGCCUCAACCAGCAUGGCAAAUGUUCCAACAGCACUGCUGAAAUGGCACAUCAGGAACGCCCUCACAAAAGGAGUGAAUGAGGAAAUUCUGAUUCAACCGAAAGGUUCAAAAUCCUCUGGAGUCACUGACCAAUUCCGUCUCGCUCUCAGUCCUGCUAAGGCCAUUGAUAAAAGCGAACCUCGUUGUGCAAGACGUGGGGGAUGCGGUACAGGUGGCCGUCGCGGUGACCGUAGAUCUGGCGACGGGCAAAAAGUUGCAAGCAGCAGAAGCACUCGAUCUAGCAGAGGAUCCCAAAGUAAAUCCCGGUCGGGUGGAAGUCGCUCACGACGUAGCGGAUGUGGCCAGUCUAGAUGUAGUCGAAGUGCACCAAAAGGUAAAUCGCGAUGUAGAUCGCGAUGUCCACCAAAGAGACGUGAGACAUCACGAUGUAAAUCGCGAACACAAUGUAAAUCUAAAAGAAGCCCGUCAGGACGUUCCCGAUCACGACGCCAAUCCUGUCGUGCGUCACGAUGUGCCAAGAAAGGUGCAUCGAGAAGUGGAUUGUCAAAAAGGGCAUCGGAAAGUGGCUAUUCAAAAAGGGCAUCGAAAAGGAAGGGUGAGAGAGACGAGGUCAAGAGAGACAAAGUCAAGAGAGACAAAGUCAAGAAAGACGAAACUGGUGGUGAUUGCUUCUGA